CGCCUUCUUGAAACGGAAACAAAGGCUUCGACAGGUCGAACGAGAACGAACCGUUCCCCGCCCGACAGCACCACCGCCACCACGGGUCGGCCGGAAACACUUCUCACAUCCUUUCUUUAGUCUACCCAACAAAAUGUCGAAGCGAGGACGCGGAGGUUCCUCGGGAGCCAAGUUCAGGAUCUCCCUUGGUCUCCCCGUCGGUGCGGUCAUCAACUGCGCUGACAAUACUGGAGCCAAGAACUUGUACGUUAUUGCUGUCCAUGGCAUCGGCGGUCGUCUCAACCGUCUGCCCGCUGCUGGGUCGGGUGACAUGAUUGUUGCCACUGUUAAGAAGGGAAAGCCUGAACUCAGGAAGAAGGUAAUGCCAGCAGUGGUCAUCCGGCAGAGGAAACCGUUCCGCAGGAAGGAUGGUACUUUCCUAUACUUUGAAGACAACGCGGGGGUGAUAGUAAACAACAAAGGAGAAAUGAAAGGAAGUGCUAUUACUGGACCCGUUGCCAAGGAAUGCGCAGAUCUCUGGCCUAGGAUCGCCUCCAACGCCUCCAGUAUUGCUUAAUUCUUUGUUACUCCCCAUUCUUCAAUAAACAAAAAAAAAAAUCCAA